AUGAUGAGUCGUAGUUCCAGGCCCAUCCUCAUUAACAUCUUGAAAGAACCAAGACGACGUUUUAUCGCAGCUCUCACAGUCCCGAGUUUCCUUGAACCACACAUCCUCCGACCUCUUGCACUUGACAUUGCAGAGCUGCCGUCAUACCCGAGGAAUGCCUCACCUUGGAACAGGUUGCGAAGUGAACGCGGCGAUUACUCCCGGACCGUUAUUACCCGUGUGAAAUACCGGAUCAAAGGGGCCGGUGAGAGCCUGGAAAUUAAUCUCCCGAACAAGGAGAGGAUUAGGGAGUGGAGGGCGCUGCCUUGUCCGUUCUUCGGUGUCUUUCUGUCCGCCGGGCUGCUCUGGGCACGAUGUGGAGAAUGGCACCUGGGAUUUCCUAGAUCGGAACUGCAAGGAGCAUCGUGGUACCAACUCCUUCACUGGGACUCCAUGAGGGAGGCACAAAGCAAGCACCGUUUAAAAGGUUGCCUCUCCAAUGACCCGGUGCCCUUAUCCCCGGGUCAGGAGCGUGAUCGGAUUGGACGGUGGAAUUACAAUAAGGGAUGGGAGGACAGAGGAUGGCAAAUGUCAGCGAUGGCUAUCUCUUGCGCUAGAGCGGUCGUGCCCGCUCCGCGAUUUCGGCUAUGUCUCAGCUAUGGCUGUGGACCUUAA